AUGAGCGCUCAGACAGCAGACGCCGUUAUUGGGGCUCGGUGGUCCCCAACGCCGUGGCGGAGCUAUAAGGGCUGGAUGUUCUCCUUGUGGCUGACUCUGGUCGGACUGGCGGUGGGUUCGGGGGACCCGUGGUUGUCCGCCGAGGCAUGCCCGUCCUCCUGCAUCUGCAGCAACUCCAGAAUCUCCUGCGUGGACCCGGAGAAGGGCAUUAGCGCCUUCCCCAUCCUGCAGAGCGAAGCGGAGAUGGAGAACAUCACAGACAUUUACAUCGCCAACCAGAGUGGCUUCUCGUCCAUCAGUGACAAAGACCUGCACUACUACAAGAAUCUCAGGAACUUAACGGUGACCAACAGUAGACUGACAUACGUCUCCAAGCUGGCCUUUCAGAACAACAUCAAAUUACAGUAUUUGAAUCUGAAAGAUAACAACUUGUCAUCACUAUCCUGGACCAUAUUCCGGCACCUCAACCUCUCUUACAUGAUCCUGACAGGAAACCCUCUCCACUGCUCCUGUGAGAACAUGUGGAUCAAACUGUGGCUGUUAGAGGAGGCGGACACGCAGGAGCUGCGCUGUGUCGAGGACGGUGGAGGACGCAUCCUGCUGUCCAGACUCAAACUCCCUAAUUGCGAGCUUCCCAUGGCCACACUGACACCGUCCAAAGUGACUGUUAUGGAGGGCGACAACAUGCAGCUCUCCUGCAACACCUCUGGUGUGCCGUCACCUGACCUCAUCUGGAACAUGGCGUCGGUCACCAGCGACGAGAUUGAGAGAUCGGGCCAGAUCUCCGUACUGCGGUUGUCCAACCUGUCAUGGUUGGACCAUAACAGCAAGAUCAGCUGCACCGCACAAAACAUUGUCGGAGAGAACGAGUCCUCAUUGCUUUUGAACAUAUCAUUUCCUCCGAAAAUCACCAAGCUGAGCGACGCCAUCUCAGACCACAAUUGGUGCAUUCCCUUUAGUGUGGCAGGAAACCCAGAACCUCAGAUCAAGUGGUAUUUGAAUGACAAAGAAGUGACCGAGGACAAAUUCAUCAAGACCAUGAUCUAUGAGUUUGCUGAGCGUGAGUAUCACGGCUGCCUCCAGCUUGAUAUUCCCACGCACCUCAACAAUGGCCUCUAUACGCUGGUGGCCACGAACCAGUACGGAACAGACAGGAAGCAGGUCAAGGCCCACUUUAUGCACAAACCCUGGGAGGAUGAGGAAUCACACUUGACAGGAACUGACAAAGAACCAUACUACUACGACUUCCCUAUAGAUGAACCCACUGCGGACCCGCCAGAGGACAGAGUCGCUGUGUACGUAGUGGUGGGCAUUGCUGCAGUCGCCUUCUUUGGUUUCCUGAUUAUGUUAGCCAUCCUCAAGUUUGGGGGGAACUCCAAGUUCGGCAUCAAAGGACCGUCGUCGGUCAUCAGCAAUGAUGACGACUCUGCCUCGCCCCUCCACCAUGUUUCCAACGGCAGCAACACCCCGUCCUCCUCUGAGAUGGGCCCUGAUGCCGUCAUCAUCGGCAUGACCAAGAUCCCUGUCAUUGAGAACCCACAGUACUUCAGGAGCUCUAACAGCCUGCUCAAAACAGACACCUUCGUCCAGCACAUCAAGAGACACAACAUCGUGCUGAAGAGGGAGCUGGGAGAGGGAGCCUUUGGCAAAGUCUUCCUCGCCGAAUGUUACAACCUGUCGCCUGACCAGGAGAAGAUACUGGUGGCUGUCAAGACUCUUAAAGAGGCCAGCGAAAAUGCCCGGAAGGACUUCCAUCGGGAAGCUGAGCUGCUGACCAACCUUCAGCAUGAGCACAUUGUCACCUUUUAUGGUGUGUGUGUGGAGAGCGACCCCCUGAUCAUGGUAUUCGAGUACAUGAAACACGGAGACCUCAACAAGUUCCUCAGGGCUCAUGGACCGGAUGCAGUUCUCAUGGCAGAAGGCCAGACCACCAGACCAGUGGAGCUGACACAGUCGCAAAUGUUGCACAUCGCCCAGCAAAUAGCGUCCGGAAUGGUCUAUUUGGCCUCACAGCACUUUGUGCACCGCGACCUUGCCACCAGGAACUGCCUGGUGGGCGAGAACCUGCUGGUGAAGAUUGGAGACUUUGGCAUGUCCAGAGAUGUUUACAGCACUGACUACUACAGGGUAGGUGUGGGAGGUCACACCAUGUUGCCAAUCCGCUGGAUGCCCCCCGAGAGUAUCAUGUACAGGAAGUUCACCACAGAAAGUGAUGUAUGGAGUCUGGGUGUGGUUCUCUGGGAGAUCUUCACCUAUGGCAAACAACCAUGGUAUCAGCUCUCCAAUAAUGAGGUGAUCGAGUGCAUUACCCAGGGCAGGGUGCUGCAGCGCCCCAGGACCUGCCCCAAAGAGGUGUACGACCUAAUGCUGGGCUGCUGGCAGAGAGAGCCCCACAUGAGACUCAACAUCAAGGAGAUCCACGGCCUGCUCCUCAACCUGGCAAAAGCAUCACCGGUCUACCUGGAUAUACUGGGAUGA